ACAUGGAGAACAAGCCCCUGGGGCUUCAGAUCUUCAUUGGAACAGCUGAUGAGAGGAUCCUUAAGCCGCAUGCCUUCUACCAAGUACACAGGAUCACGGGCAAAACCGUCACCACCACCAGCUAUGAGAAGAUUGUGGGCAACACCAAGGUCCUGGAGAUCCCCCUGGAGCCAAAGAACAACAUGCGGGCCACCAUCGACUGCGCAGGCAUCCUGAAGCUUCGAAAUGCUGACAUCGAGCUGCGGAAGGGCGAGACAGACAUCGGCAGGAAGAACACGCGAGUGCGCCUGGUGUUCCGUGUGCAUGUCCCAGAACCCAGUGGCCGAAUCAUUUCCCUGCAGGCAGCGUCCAACCCCAUUGAGUGCUCUCAGCGCUCUGCCCACGAGCUGCCCAUGGUGGAGAGACAAGAUGUGGACAGCUGCCUGGUCUACGGGGGCCAGCAGAUGAUCCUCACGGGCCAGAACUUUACGGCUGAGUCUAAGGUUGUGUUCAUGGAGAAGACCACAGAUGGGCAGCAGGUUUGGGAGAUGGAAGCCACAGUGGAUAAAGACAAGAGCCAGCCUAACAUGCUUUUUGUUGAGAUCCCUGAGUAUCAGAACAAGCACAUCCGAGUACCCGUGAAAGUGAACUUCUACGUCAUCAACGGGAAGAGAAAACGAAGUCAGCCACAGCACUUUACCUACCACCCAGUCCCUGCCAUCAAGACGGAGCCCAAUGACGAGUAUGACCCAUCUCUGAUCUGCAGCCCUGCCCAUGGAGGCCUGGGGCCCCAGCCAUAUUACCCACAGCACCCAAUGCUGGCCGAGUCCCCCUCCUGCCUUGUGGCUACCAUGGCCCCCUGCCAACAGUUCCGCUCAGGGCUCUCAUCCCCUGAUGCCCGCUACCAGCAGCAGAGCCCUGCGGCAGCUCUCUACCAGAGGAACAAGAGCCUGAGCCCGGGUCUACUGGGCUACCAGCAGCCGGCCCUCCUGGCAGCGCCCUUGGGUCUGGCUGACGCCCACCGCUCUGUGCUGGUGCAUGCCGGAUCUCAGGGCCAGGGCCAGGGCUCCACCCUGCCACACACAUCCUCGGCCAGCCAGCAGGCCUCCCCCGUGAUUCACUACUCACCCACCAACCAGCAGCUUCGUGGCGGGGGGCACCAGGAGUUUCAGCAUAUCAUGUACUGUGAGAACUUUGGCCCCAGCUCUGCCAGGCCUGGCCCUCCUCCCGUCAACCAAGGCCAGAGGCUGAGCCCAGGCUCCUACCCCACAGUCAUCCAACAACAGACUGCCCUGAGCCAAAGAGCUACCAAAAACGGACCCCCAGUCAGUGACCAGAAGGACGCUGUGCCCACUGGAGUGACAGUCAAACAGGAACAGAAUCUGGACCAGACCUACCUGGAUGACGAGCUGAUAGACACACACCUUAGCUGGAUACAAAACAUAUUAUGAGACCGAGUGACUGGUCUUUGAUCCGAGAAAUCAAAGUGAAAGUUAAUGAAAUCAUCAGGAAAGAGUUUUCAGGACCUCCCCCACAAAAUCAGACCUAGAAACAGCCAUUAUCGCAAGACACCUUCUACCUUGGACCCCUUCUGUCUCCCCCUGCCUUCUCUGACUGGAAUACUGUGUGCACGCAGCACAGGCCGUUGGUGUAGGAGCCUGCUGUCUCUCAAAGAUCAUCUCAGCUGAGGUCCAUGGUGAUUGGAUGAAAAAGCAACUGCCUGCUGACCAAAGUCCCAUUCUCAACUCACCAGGAAGCUGAGCUUGUCGGAGACCCAGAGGCUGGGCUGGGGGAGAGAACUGGGGAGCUUCGAUAGAACCCCAGCCCACAGGCAUGACUCCUAACUCGCUCGAAGAGUGUUUAGACAGAUCAACCAAAAGAACAUGGCCCAAGAGCCCAACUUGUGGGCUCUCAAACUCCAGGUCUCUGUAGGAUCAUCAUCUCUGUCCCAGCUGGGCCGGGGCUGGGCUGUAUUUUAAGUUUUCUUUCCAAAGCCAAACUGCCUUGCCCUGACAGGACCACCUGUUCCAGCUUCUCAGCCUUAAGUUAUAACAUGUGUACUUGCCUGCCUGCUUCUGGGGCUUGGUUUUGUUUUUCUCUGCUUCAAAGAGCCAACCAAGGAGUCCGCAGGCUGGGCCCUCUCAGCCAGCUGCUCCCUAAGCCUGCUGCCAGCACCAGACCUCUGGUGGGGUCCAGCCCCCGGCUGCCUGUUGAGAGCAUCACUUGCUUCCAAAGGCUCCUCUCCACCCUCCUCCCAGAUAGAGCCUCCUCCACCCAGGAGCUGGGAGAGCCUUCCAGGACUUCGCAUUGACUGUUAUGGAGCUGAAGCCACUCACCCCAAUCAAACCCUGCUGGUGUUUGUCAUGACUGCCACCAAACAGAACAAAGGAGUUGAAAUCUCCCCCACCCCAAACACCGAGCAGGAAAGCGCUGACAUAGCCUGUGGUUCUUACCUGGAUGUGUGUAAAGUCCGUGUAGAAUCCAAGGCGCUGCCACAUGAGCUGCACAUGAAACUCAGGCAGAUGUGCCCCAGCAUGUGCUUGGUGGGAUCUAGCCCUGCUUGGCCGGCUUGUGUGUCCCGUGGAGUUCUCCACACUUGUUCAUUGCGGCCCUCCACAGUCUUCCUCCCCUGGGGCAAUUAUGUCGCUCUUCCUUUGUUUUGUGUUUUCCGUUCUCGCAGAGUUCUCAUCAUGAGCAAGGUCGCUUUCUCCACGUUCGUCCGCCACAGGUGACCCUGUACACGUUGGGCAGGCACGUCAGGUGACUUUCUUAACUCUGUCUGCUAGGCAGAGGGCUCGAGUAGCAAGCCACAACGGCUACAUACCAAUCAUGGGUUUCUUACAUUCUGGCUUUGUCAAGGCCAUCCGAAGGUAAAUCUUUGGGAGCUGGGCCAGCUUUGGCUAGACAGAGACCCCAUGCCCAGUGUUUAGCUUGAGCACAAAAAGAGUGACUUUUUUGCUGAUGUCUAGUAUUUCUUUCCCCUAUCAGUAGUACCUGGCUUCCCCCCACGACCUACCCAAGCGUAGACCUGAGCAGAAUUCUCCUUUGAACCCAGAAUGUCCACAAGCAGCCCCUGGUUCUGAGUACUUCCUACUAAUCAAAGCGAGCUUCCCUGCUGGCCCGUUCACUGGUGCAGUACCGGCUUCUCUGGGGAAGGGUGACAAGGGUUUAGUGACAGAUAGUUCUCACUUGCCCUGGCUGGAAGCCACUGUUUGCACAUGAGGAAUCGGUCCCUUCCUCGGGUUAUCUCAAUGUUUUACCCAAGUGCCUUCCUGCAAUUGUAGUGAGUAGUUCAGUUGCAUUGUCUACAGGGUGAAAAAGGGCUAACUCAUUUCCCAUUAAUCUUCUGUGUCAGCAAGAGGGUUUCCCAUAGUUCAGAAUCCUGUACCUUGGUGUGUGCGUGCGUGUGUGUGUGUGUGCGCGCGCACACACACGCGCACACACACACACACACACACACACACACGCUUGAGCAUGCAUGCUAGCACAUACAAUAUCCUUCCCUUUAGACUAUCUUAGCUGGAUAGUCUAAGAAGCCUUCUCAUGAACAAGUAGACCAGGAAGCCAAGGAGAGAAAGUAUCAUUUGUUCCCAGACAGGCCAGAGAAAGUGCAUGAGCAGCAGAGAGCUGUCAAGGAGGUUUGGUCAGGCACAGAGGUUAGGAGGAAACUUCGCUGGGAGCGAUUGCUAUAAACUGUUUUCAGAGUGGGAAGAUGCUGUCUGAUCUAAGUCAAGGAGAAAAAGAUGCCUGAGUAGUGAAGGUGGGUGUGUCUGUUACACGUGGAUCAGGAGGGUCGAAGCAGAAAAGUGUCCUUGUUAAAUCCAUGGUGACAUUAGUGUGGCACUCUGACAGUUCCAUCUUGCUGACUGUGGUACUUAACUCUCCAAACUCCGCACAUCUUGCUCACUGUACAAAGACAAAGUUGCUGGAGAGUAGACAUAUCCACCCAGAUUCCUAUGGUAUUAAAUUUAAUUUUCUUUCCUGGAUUUUGAUGCGUUUUAUCUGCCCUCAAAGUAUCCCUGUUGGAGUUAGAACAUAUUUAUAAAUGGCCAGAUGUCGUCUUAAGGGUUUUUUUUUUUAAACAUAUAUAUCUUGAUUUUCUGUAAGAGAAAUGGUGUGUUCUUGAAAUUUAUUUUCAUUCCAGAAAAACAAAUCCAAAGACUCACCUUGGGCCCCUGUCAGGACCUGGGGACAAGAGGGAGGAGGACUGGGAGGAGGGCACAUCUUUUUCUUGCUUGAGAAAGAUACCUACUCCUUCAUCCUCAAGCCUGGGUCAUCCCUGAGAAUUGUACACAAAGGGUUUAGUGGGUGAUUUUGAUUUAAAGCCACAGAACCCUGUCUUUUCAUGGACUGACAAGACCCUACAGGCAGGCUGAUCUUGACACAACCAUGUGGAGUAUCACAGGUGACCCCUCGUGCAGCAUCCGAAGGAUGCCACCUUUUAUCGUAGCCAUGGACGCAGUGAGCUGGGUCCUCCCAAGACCUGGGAUAGUUUGUUCACAUCCGAUAGUCUUGCCAUCUACCGUCCACCACCAUCAGCCACCCUCAGCCACCAGUGGCACCAUCACACAGGCAGGUCAGAAGCGAUGUGUUUUGAUUGUCACUCAGAACCAAAGAGAGGCUGAGUUGGUUGGUUCUUGCACUGCAGUGCUCAGCAUUGACAGACUGUGGAGGGGAGCUAAUUAACAACAGUGUUCGUUAGGCACACCAGACAAGACACAGGGGUGGCCAGGCUAGGAUAAGUAUUCCUGAACUCUUUGCUGGAAGGGCAACCUUGAGGAACCUGAAACACCCUCACCGUGGCCGGCACCCCCCAACCUUGGCCAUCAAACUCCAUGGACCCAAACCAGCCCCCUGCAGAGCGGAAGAGUUUCCCUGCAGUUCAGCCAGCUGCUAAAACGAGGCAACAGCACCUUCACCUAUGACCAGCUUACCCGUGCCUUGACAUCCAGCCGCCAUCCUUGUCUUAACCCAGUUUGUUUACAGCUAACUCUAGUGAUGGACGAGUGCCGUGGAGUGCUUCCCUGAGCAGGCCCCUCUGGGAUCCCAGAGUGGUGCUGGGUGUCAAAAGGUUGCUGCUGUCUCUGUGCAGCCCCUGGGGCAGACAGGAAUAAAUCCCCCUGCCCUUUCAGACUUUAGAUGGGCUGGGUGCAGUUGGUGCUCUGGCUGUGUGACUAGGAGCCCCAGCAUUCGGGUCUGUGGGAGCAACCCAGUCAUCUUAUCAGAGAACCUCUGUCACCGCUCAGCCCUCACAGGGCAUCUCACAAUCCUCCAGCUCCCAGAGGUUGCCCCAGUGAUGCCUGAAGACCAGGGUUUGGGAAGAAUACCGGUGGGCUUGAGGAGUGGGCAUAUAUCGCAUUCCUAUGCAAAACGAUUUUAAUCUCCAGUUUCAUGUAGUUUAUUUUUGCUAUAUGUAAAGUAUUUUUAUACGGCUUGUAUGAUGACAGCUUAGCAAUAAACAGUUGAGAGCAACUUU